CCUCGGCGGCCCUGUCUCUUCUGGAGCGUAUCCAGCGGUCCAUGAAGGAGACGGACGAGACUAAGCUCUCGGACCAGUGUAGCAAUGACCUCAACACCCUCAUCUCCGUCCUCGAGAGUCCCGUCUUCAGGGGCAUCAUAAACAUACAGGAGUCGCUGAAGGAGCUGAAGAAGCAGGUGUCGCAGCACCCGUCCAUCGUCCCCGCGGACUUCGACAUCAGUAGGGAGGGCAAGCUCAUCUUACACGUCUCUCCUGAAGGCGGCCAGCAUCUGGAGUUUGCUGUCCACGGCGACCCCGCCUCCAUCACACUCCAAGCCGGACCGCCUCUCAUUGCCCAGCUCGAUGAGAAAGAUGCCGUUUCGAGCAAUGCCACAGAGAGCAUCGAACUGCAAGAGCUGUGCCGUGUGCGGAAGCAGGAUGAUCAGAAGGAAGAGGAGGCGGAGGAGGAGCUCAAACAUAGGGUGGAUGAUGAGGAGCAGGAUGAUGAAGGAAUGAGAUUGAUGGAUGAGGAUGAUCUUCCUCCUACUAUCACUAACGCCACUCUUGACUUGGAACUCCAGAGAGCCAUCCAGGCAGCCGCCCAGGGUAGACAUGUUCAUCAUAUACAGCUGUACAAGCCCGAGGGCAGCAGCCUUGGCUUCAGCGUGGUGGGGCUGAGAUCGGAGAAGAGGGGCGAGCUGGGCAUCUACGUUCAGGGUAUUCAGCCCACAGGCAUCGCUGCUCAGUAAGUACACUUGACCCCAAACCCAGUUUUCCA